CUUACUACGACCGCGCUGCAACAUGCUGCUGACAGGCCAUCGAUGUCUCGUCCAAUGAACAUACGCCACGAGGCUGGCACGCAAGUCGCCCAAAGCGGAAGUUACGAAGCUUCCACUUCAUCACAUGCAUGCACCUCAUCACCCACAUCCUUGCACGUUCUACACUCGCUACCCAAUUUGAUACCCUGACAAAGAUUGCCUGCGGUGUAGGUUUCCCACAUGCGAACUCGCGGCUACAGCCACUAGACUAUGCGCGGGAGCGCGAAUGGAGAGAGGGAGGCGUAGGGGACGCGCCUCCUGCUUCGCCCGCAAGCCAUCAUUGCUUGGUCACUUGGUGGCUUGGUUGCAUGGCUUGCUCACUGAUCAGGGCGAGUCAUGUCUACCUCGAAUCCAUCAUCCUUGUCGAUUUGGUCCUCUGCAGAUCAAUGCUUCCCGUCUCUGGGGUUUCGACAGGAUGUGCGAGCCUUCGUUCCGGUACGUUGCUAGGAGAUGUGGCAUUCGGAACCGUGAAGUGCUUAUCAUCAGUGCUAUAUUUUGCGUCGCAACAGCUUCGCCAUUCAUUUAAUCCAUCUUCAGAGUUGGGCAUUUGUUUGGGCCGAUUUUAUUACAUUCUGCAGCGUCAGCCGUGCCGACGCGUUAGAGUUUCCAACGGCGUGGCGUCUUGCUUAAGCGGCCCGCGUUCACGACAGCUGCUUGGAUUCAGACUUCACGUCAACAAAACACAACAAGCCGCGAAUGCUAUGCCCGCAGCGAUGCUCUGGUCACCGUUCUGGUCAUCUAUCCUUCGAUUUGGUAAUGCUACAAAUGUAGCAUUAUGGACGCCAGGAUGGAGCCUUUCUACACCACACUCCAUUGGAUUGAUACAUGAUGAAUGCCUUCCAGUCGCGGGCAGGAUUCUUUCAUAUCUAAGCGACUUAGCUCAGCGCAACGGUCGAUACAACCCUUGCAUCCGCUGGAAAACCGUUCAUGCCGCAACUGCAACGGUGGUGGAAGCCACAUGACGCAUGUAACUCAGCCGAAACACCGCCUUUGGUGCUCUUUGGUGAAAGCUUCAUCCAACCGCUAUUCUUGGUAUCCUGAUAUUACCGUUGGCCUCCCAAUCUCACGUGUCGAUCGUCCAUCCCUGCCAUGUGUAUAUGCGUGGCACUGGUUUCGAGGGAGCCGGACAGAUGUCGUUCGCAGCAAUCUCGCUUGCAAAUCGU